CAACCCUAUUAACGAGCGGCCAACUCCGCAGCCGGACAGACGGACUUCCAGCGCCAACGCGACCGCCACCAGUUGCACAAGGUUCAGCUCAGAGUGUUUCCCCAACCCCUGAUCCCCCACAGAGAAAGAUGCAGAAGCUGCUGCUGGUGCUCCUCCUGCUGCCCGGCGUGGCGCUGGGACUACUGGAGGGUCUUUACUGCGGCAAGGAGAACUGCUACGAUGUCCUGGGCGUCACCCGUGAGUCCUCCAAGUCGGAGAUCGGCAAGUCCUACCGACAGCUGGCCAGGAAGUACCAUCCCGAUUUACAUCGCGGCGCUGAGGCAAAGGCGGCCGCCGAGGUCCAGUUCAAGUUGGUGGCCACUGCCUACGAGAUCCUGCGCGAUGAGGAGUCGCGAACAGAUUACGACUACAUGUUGGACAACCCGGAUGCCUACUAUGCCCACUACUACCGCUACUACAGGCGCCGCGUGGCUCCCAAGGUGGAUGUGCGCGUGGUGAUCGUGGUGGUGUUGACCAUUGUCUCCGUUAUCCAAUACUACUCCGGCUGGCAGCGGUACGACUCGGCCAUUAAAUACUUCGCCACGGUGCCCAAGUACCGCAACCAGGCUCUGGACAUUGCCCGGGACGAGAUUCAGGAGCGCAUCCAGAAGAAGGGCAAGAACAAGAUGUCAAAGACUGAUCAGCGGGAGGAGCUGGAGCGCAUUGUACGGCGGGUGAUCGCCGAGAAGAUGGACGUGAAGGGUGGCUACGCCAAGCCAACGCUGUGGGACGUGCUCUGGGUGCAGUUGCUCAUCUGCCCGUAUACCCUGCUGUCGUUUAUAGCGUGGCAUGCCCAGUGGUUCUGGCGGUAUACGCUGAUGAAGCAGCCGUAUGGUCGGGAGCAGAAGCUCUAUCUGAUCCGCCGCCACUUGGGCAUGGGACAGCACCAGUUUGAGGCACAGGAGGAGAAACAGCUGGAGGAGUACCUCCACCUGGAGCUGUGGAAGCGUGAGAACUUUACCGCCUGGAAGGCCGAGCAGGAUGAGGAGAUGAAGAAGAAGUUGGCCGAGAAUCCGCGUUACAAGGCCUAUCGUCGCUACAUGAAGAACCACGGCCCCGGCCGCAUCACCUUUGAGGAUUAGAAUGUUUCUGUUUCCAUGUGGCUGUUAUAAACAUAUAUUCCUCGCUCCUCCUCGCCUCCCCCCGAAAACAUUUCUCCUCCGACACCCGUCAUCCGACUCCCGACCAUCCGACCCGAAGAAGCGUUGACCCCGCCGUAGUUCCGUCGCUCCAAGCUCCAGUUCUCCGGAAAAACCGGUUCAAGAACGUGGCCACAGCAUCAUCAUCGUCUCGUCAGCAUUGAAUAGCCGGUGGCCGGUACAGUGGUUGCCGGCUACGACGACCAAAACCUAGAACAAUUGCCCCGUUCCAUUAAGAGAGAUCGUUCGAGAAACAUGAUACUUGACUAACCCCGAGCAUCCAAUAAACUAGUUAGAAUUUAGAAGAAGAAGAAGAAGCGGCUGUCUUACUGGGUGUUCACUGUGCCCGCCGUUUGCACAGUUGGUCCGCACUAGCCGAAAUAUGAAUUUUUUUGGAUUUCGUGGCAGAAAAACUAAGAACCCAACCGAACCGAUCGCUUUAGGCCAUCUUUCGUUGCCUUUUGUUGACACAGAUUGUCCCAAUAAGAGUUGAUGUAUGUAUUUUUUUGGAGACUUUUCGGAAUGUUGAUAGUUAAACGGGUUAUUAUUAAAUAAUUGUCUGCCAAACAAAAUAAUGUAAAUUCUCUUUUUUUAAAAAAUAAUAUAAAAAAUUAAAAAAAUGUUAAUCUGCAUGUGUCUCAACUAGGUUGUAAAUGUUUCUCUAAGAAUUUCUAGAUUUUUAAAAACAAUAAUAUUUAAUUUUCAAAGUUAAAACAAAUAAAAAUAAUGUCUAAUUGAAUUUCAGAAAUUCUUUAAAAAAUAAAUCUAGAAAAUGUACUACUCUUCCGAUUUUAAGAGAUGCUCUAUGUUUUAUACAAUAUAUAUAUUUAUAUUUUAAAAUUUAAAUAGUUAAUGACUAAUCACUAAUUACAAGAGUGUAUUUACAAAUUAAAAACUAAUUGAAACAAAAAGAAAAA